AUGUGGAGCCUUCUGUCGCCGUUGUCUCACAUUAACAGAGAAGCCCUAGAGUGAAAAUGGGACCAAGCAACCCUUGAACAGCGGCUGAACCAUACAGACUGGCGUGAGAAUGCCGACCCUGUUUAGAUGACAGACCAUCUUCUCAGAAAGAGAAGGGGGAUUUAUGCCAGCUUAAAGAUGUAGCAGCAGUAAGCUAGCAGCUAUGUGACCAGUGAUCCAGGGCAGUCAAACAAAGAGACAAUGAGCAUGGAAGUGCAGACACCCUUUCUGGUUCAGAUUUACGACAACAGCACAGAGUGGCUGAACACGUCCACGGGCUACAACGCUACAACAAGUCUGUCUGAGAGUACAGACGCCAAUGAGUUCUACAUCGUCAGCCUCUUCCUCUCCUGCCUCUACACCAUCUUCCUCUUCCCCAUCGGCUUCAUCGGGAACAUUCUUAUCCUGGUGGUCAACUUCAACCACAGGGACAAGAUGACCAUACCGGACCUGUACUUUGUCAACCUGGCAGUGGCCGACCUCAUCCUGGUGGCCGACUCGCUGAUCGAGGUCUUCAACCUGAACGAGAAGUACUACGACAUCGCGACCCUCUGCACCUUCAUGUCCCUCUUCCUGCAGGUCAACAUGUACAGCAGCAUCUUCUUCCUGACAUGGAUGAGCUUCGACCGGUAUGUGGCGCUGGCCAGCUCCAUGAGCAGCAGCCCCCUGCGGACCAUGCAGCACGCCAAGCUCAGCUGCGGCCUCAUCUGGAUGGCCUCCAUCCUGGCCACCCUGCUGCCCUUCACCAUCGUGCAGACCCAGCACACGGGCGAGGUGCACUUCUGCUUCGCCAACGUCUUCGAGAUCCAGUGGCUGGAGGUGACCAUCGGCUUCGUGGUGCCCUUCUCCGUCAUCGGCCUGUGCUACUCGCUGAUCGUGCGCAUCCUCAUGCGGGCGCAGAAGCACCGGGGCCUGUGGCCCAGGCGGCAGAAGGCCCUGCGCAUGAUCGUGGUGGUGGUACUGGUGUUCUUCAUCUGCUGGCUGCCCGAGAACGUCUUCAUCAGCAUCCAGCUGCUGCGGGGCACGGCCGACCCCGCCCGCCGCAGCGCCGCCACGCUCUGGCACGACUACCCGCUGACCGGCCACGUCGUCAACCUGGCCGCCUUCUCCAACAGCUGCCUUAACCCCAUCAUCUACAGCUUCCUGGGGGAGACCUUCAGGGACAAGCUGCGCCUCUUCAUCAAGCAGAAGGCCAGCUGGACCGUGCUGUACCGCCUAUGCCACCACACUCUAGAUUUACGGAUCCCUGACAGGAGCGAGGUCUCCGAGGUUUAACGCCGAACGUGCGGUGACAGAGUACCUUCAGAAGCUGUGAAGCAUGAAGGGCUGUGAAUUCUGCGUUAAACACAGGGCAACUUAGCAGAAAUCACACCCAGGAUGAACCUGAGAAUGAAAAUCUC